GAGUUCACAACCGUUUACAGAGUAAGACAACUGCUCUCGCGAGAUCCAAGGGCUCAUGCAAUGGGUCUUAUGAAACAGUUUCACGGAUCUCGCGUGAAUACGCCACUGACGGCAGUGAAAUUGAGGCAGGGGUGAGAGGUACCCAUGAGAUGUUUUGAGAAUUUUUUUUAUACAAUUAUUUAUUUAAAUAAAAAUGGCCGCCGUAAAGAGCGGAGACGAGAGACUUGAAGAUGCCAACCAGAAUCAGAGCUCCAACGACAAGGACCCUAAGACACACAGCAAGCCAAAGAAGGUGAGGCGGGAGCGGACGGAUAUGGAAAAAGAGAGGCUGGAGUCUUCAUCCACCACCACUACUAUGUCCUCCCCUCCUCAUCCUCCAGUCCAACAGCCCAGUGCAGACCAAGACCAGCCGCAGCCGGCUGAGGCGGGGCCCUCGGAGCCCAUGGUUACUGCAGUUGGUGAGGCCUCGGGUCUCUUUGAGUCCCCUGCGUCGCCCAAACAGAGGAGGUCCAUAAUCAGAGACCGUGGUCCUUUGUACGACGACCCCUCUCUACCCCAGGGCUGGACACGUAAACUCAAACAACGCAAGUCUGGGCGGUCCGCCGGAAAGUUUGACGUCUACUUGAUGAACCCAGAGGGGAAAGCCUUCCGUUCCAAGGUGGAGCUGAUCGCCUUCUUCCAGAAGGUCGGAGACACCGCCACCGACCCCAACGACUUCGACUUCACCGUGACAGGGCGUGGCAGUCCCUCCCGCCGCGAGAAGAGACCCCCAAAGAAACCCAAGGUGAUGAAACCGUCAGGGAGGGGCCGGGGUCGGCCGAAGGGGAGUGGGAAGUUACGCCCGGCCAUGGAGGGCGUGGCAAUGAAGCGCGUGGUGGAGAAGAGUCCUGGGAGGCUCUUGGUCAAAAUGCCUUUCAGCGCAUCCAAGGCAUCUGAAGCGGCGGGGCAGCCGUCAUCGCAUGUCGUAGUCGCCAAGAUGCGCCCGGGACGGAAAAGGAAGGCGGAGACAGAACCGCAGACUGCUCCGAAAAAGCGGGGACGUAAGCCAGGGUUGGUGUCAGCGGUAGUUGGGGCGGCGGGUUCAAGUACUUCCUCCUACGCAGCGGCUGCUAUCCUCGCCGCAGAAGCCAAAAGGAAAGCUCAGAAGGAGUCUUCCACUAAGCCGGUGCAGCAGACCGCUCUACCUAUCAAGAAACGCAAGACCAGAGAAACUAUUGAGGAGUUGAAAGACAUUCCAGCUAUAGCCGAGGCAGGGAUAGGGACAGGGAGUGCUGUGGUGGUGGCAGCAGCAGAGAGGACAGACCAGGGACAGAAGGAUCAGGGACAGAAGCUGCCAAAUAGUCCGUGGAAGAAGCACAAGGACAGUCCCGUGACUGCCGGGCUGACCGCAGAGGACAGUGGUGGGGCCAGCGUUGGGUCUAAUAGUGGGGCCAGUGGAGGCGGCAGCAGCAGCAGCGUCACUACCCCAAAGAGUCACAGCCACAAGAGAAAAGAACGUACGCCGCACAAACACCUUCACCAUCGCCAUCACCACCGUCGCCACAGUCACUCCUCUGUAGUGGAGGAUCCUCUUCCCCUACCCUCCCAGCGGCCCCCUCACCACCACUUCCCCGGCUUGACUAUGGGCCUGGUCUCCCAUACAGCGAGGGCCUCGGUUGGGCCAGGGGCCCUACUGCAGAAUGAGCCCCACGACCUGAGCACCUCUAGGGGGCCAUGCCGGGCCAGCACCACCACGGCCAGAGGAGAGAGAGAGGAGGUCAGGGAGGUCAGACAGGACAGGUGUCUAAAGCCUCCGGUAGCUGCAGUGGUGGGAAUGGGUGACACCAGGGCCAACAAGCAUCAUGUGGACGUGGCAGCAGGGACGGUGGAAGGGAGGGAUUUGAGAGACAUUGUAUCCUGCUUAGUCGUACCCAGACCUAGCCGGGAGGAAACGGUCUCAGCCGUACCCAGACCUAGCCGGGAGGAAACGGUCUCAGCCGUACCCAGACCUAGCCGGGAGGAAACGGUCUCAGCCGUACCCAGACCUAGCCGGGAGGAAACGGUCUCAGCCGUACCCAGACCUAGCCGGGAGGAAACGGUCUCAGCCGUACCCAGACCUAGCCGGGAGGAAACGGUCUCAGCCGUACCCACACCUAGCCGGGAGGAAACGGUCUCAGCCGUACCCACACCUAGCCGGGAGGAAACGGUCUCAGCCGUACCCAGACCUAGCCGGGAGGAAACGGUCUCAGCCGUACCCAGAGCUAGCCGGGAGGAAACGGUCGAGUCUCGGACGCCGGUCACUGAAAGGGUUAGUUGACUGCAUUGCAGGACCCAUGUCUGUAAGGAGAGAGGAGACGUUUAGUGCAGCAGUGGAUUUUAUAAAAAAAAACAACAAACAGAAAAUGUGUACAUAAAAACAAAAGGCAGCUGUUGGUUGAUGUUCUUUCUGUGGGUUGGGCUGUUUAUCUGUUUAUUGACAAACAAAUAACGCAGUUUAAUGGACAACCCACAACAGAUUGCUUCCUGAUACAUUUGUACUUUUUUUUUUUUUCAUUGUUUUGUUCUUUCUUUCUGCUUUAAACCUGUUAGUCAUCCACUGCGACCCAUGAUCCUUUGCUCAAAGCUUACAGGACGUGGAGGACCUACACUUCCUGUAUACGUCAUCAGCCGGAAACUAUGGAAUCCAUGGUUUAAGAUACCAUUAUGAAAAUGGGACUGAAACACGGUUGGAUUUGCGUAAAGCCAAGGCACAUGUCCUGUCUGGCCCUUUAUAAGUGGACUUGCCAAUGUUGUUGUUCUGUGCUCCAUGGAUAGAGGCCUCACAAUAUACAUAUGCCAUGCAAGCUGCCACUGCUUCUGUCGUAGCAUCCUCUUAUUACGCACAGGGUGAGUCCAAAAUAGCACUCUGUUCCUCAUUUUAAUGCACUGCUUAUAGGGUCCUGGUCAAACAGUGUGCACUGUAUAGGGAAUAGGGAGCCAUUUUGGAUGAAGUCUCAGUUUCCAGUCCACGCUCUACAGUCUAAGGCCUAUUCAUUUAGGUGACAUGUGUUUUCCUGAACCUAUAUUGUGUCCACACGUCCCAAAUGGUACCCUAUUCCCUAUGUAGUGCACUACUUCAGACCAGAACCCUAAAAUUAGUGCACUACAUAGAGAAGAGGGUAUCAUUUGGGACUCACUCCUGAAGCUUUGAAACUAAAACACUCUUGAUGCUGACAGAUAACUUCCUAUCUGAUGGUUGAGGAGACGAAACCACAGGGUUUUAGAGGCUUAGAUACACCAAUGACGUGUCGUUUGAUGAAUGUUUUGGCUACUGAAAACAGGUUUCAUUUUAUUUAAACGUAUUAGAAUUCCAAUUCUAAUGAUGCCUUUUCUCGUCGUUUACUUAUGUAAUGGAGACUGUAGUCCCACAAAUACACAGAAGCAAAUAAUAGAAUACCAAUCAUUAAAACUGUAUUUAAAAAAAAGAAUUACUAGUAAUGCAAAUUAGAUAGUACAUGGAAAUUUUACCCAGUUUCUCCUAAAUUGAGUGUUUCCCCACAGUCAGAUAGGAAGCUAAAAGCACAACUGGACCCAGGCAUUAUUAUAGCCAAUGCUCCGUAGAUUCGUCAAUACCUAAAGUAUCAAAAGUUUUCUAAUACUCAAAUUACAUCCCAAAGACAUUAUAAAUAACCAAAUUCACUGGAGGAAGAUAUUUUGUUGUCUGUUGUGUGUGUGUGUGUGGGGGGGGGGGGGAAUGUGUCAAUAAUUAAAUGGUAGACAGCAUAGUGGGUCAAUUUCCACAACAACUAAGAGCGUUGAAGAGCGAGGCUCAACUUCUCCACUGUUUUGGUCCCGUGAAAUCGAACCGGUACACAUGCGCAGAUACUGUGUGAGAGCAAUACUUGCUCAUCUCAAUAUCUCCGCUACUGUUCGUGGCAACAUCAUUUAGUCAAGUCUACCUUUUUUUUUUUUAUGUAUUCAGUUGCGUUCUAAAAAUGUAUUUCAAAUAGAAGAUGGAUUUUUUGGGGGGACCAGGAAUAUUUAAACCAGUUUUGACACAGCCACUAUGGAUGUGAACACAGUACUUCUUUCUGCAUGCUACUGGAUUAUCUUCUAUACUCGUGGCUUCAUGAAACUUCCUGUGUUAGACUAGUUGCUUUUCUUUUAGUUUAAACUCGCAGGUAGGAAGAUGUGACACAAAACAAAACAUAACGCAUGCUCGUGGUUUUAGGCGGUUUUAGGAAGCUAGAACCUACUCCAUGGUCACUAUAGAGGGUUUUAGGAAGCUAGAACCUACUCCAUGGUCACUAUAGAGGGUUUUAGGAAGCCAGAACCUACUCCGUGUCCAUGGUCACUAUAGAGGGUUUUAGGAAGCUAGAACCUACUCCAUGGUCACUAUAGAGGGUUUUAGGAAGCUAGAACCUUCUCCAUGGUCACUAUAGAGGGUUUUAGGAAGCUAGAACCUACUCCAUGGUCACUAUAGAGUUUUUUUUUAGGAAUGCUAGAACCUACUCCAUGGUCACUAUAGAGGGUUUUAGGAAGCUAGAACCUACUCCAUGGUCACUAUAGAGGGUUUUAGGAAUGCUAGAACCUACUCUGUGUCCAUGGUCACUAUAGAGGGUUUUAGGAAUGCUAGAACCUACUCUGUGGUCACUAUAGAGGGUUUUAGGAAGCUAGAACCUACUCCAUGGUCACUAUAGAGGGUUUUAGGAAGCUAGAACCUACUCCAUGGUCACUAUAGAAGGUUUUAGGAAGCUAGAACCUACUCCAUGGUCACUAUAGAGGGUUUUAGGAAGCUAGAACCUACUCCAUGGUCACUAUAGAGGGUUUUAGGAAGCUAGAACCUACUCCAUGGUCACUAUAGAGGGUUUUAGGAAGCUAGAACCUACUCCAUGGUCACUAUAGAGGGUUUUAGGAAGCUAGAACCUACUCCAUGGUCACUAUAGAGGGUUUUAGGAAGCUAGAACCUACUCCAUGGUCACUAUAGAGUUUUUUUUUAGGAAUGCUAGAACCUACUCCAUGGUCACUAUAGAGGGUUUUAGGAAGCUAGAACCUACUCCAUGGUCACUAUAGAGGGUUUUAGGAAUGCUAGAACCUACUCUGUGUCCAUGGUCACUAUAGAGGGUUUUAGGAAUGCUAGAACCUACUCUGUGGUCACUAUAGAGGGUUUUAGGAAGCUAGAACCUACUCCAUGGUCACUAUAGAGGGUUUUAGGAAGCUAGAACCUACUCCAUGGUCACUAUAGAAGGUUUUAGGAAGCUAGAACCUACUCCAUGGUCACUAUAGAGGGUUUUAGGAAGCUAGAACCUACUCCAUGGUCACUAUAGAGGGUUUUAGGAAGCUAGAACCUACUCCAUGGUCACUAUAGAGGGUUUUAGGAAGCUAGAACCUACUCCAUGGUCACUAUAGAGGGUUUUAGGAAGCUAGAACCUACUCCAUGGUCACUAUAGAGGGUUUUAGGAAGCUGGAACCUACCAGUGUUUUUAGAUAAGAAAUCAUGUGAACAGUGACAUCAUAGUCGGUCAUAUAUAAAACUUAUGGUUGGAAUUCAAUCAAAUCUGCAUUGAGCAAAAAUCGGCAUUCCUGCGCAGACAAUAGUCUACAAUUUGUGUGUUGAUCACAAGCAAAAUUUAAAUCUGUUUUGUUUCACCCCAUUAACAAUGUCUCGCUAAUUAUAUUAGUUAAUUAAAUUCGUUAAUUACAUUCGUUAAAACAUGCCUUUUUUUUAUUUUGGCUCAAUAACAAAUGUUUUAAUGAGUUUUACCCUACACUCAAUCCCUCAUUCACACAGAAGCAAUUCCAUAAAUUUACCGUAAUGGCCCUGACCAGAAAAACAUUGUUUCUAAUCUGUUCUAAUCUACUCAGUCUUGAAUCUGAAAAACUUAUUCUUGCAUGUCAAAACUCCAGAGAUCAAUUUGUUAUUGACUUCUUACAUUGUAACAUAUUAUGAUAGUAUAGAUUAUUAUUACUUUAAAGUACCAAUAUGUUAAAUCUGGAAUUCUCUGUAAUGGACAUCGUGACGACAGUAUGGAUGUUGUGUAGAGUUGACCUGUUACAGUAGUUUUCUUAAACAGUAGUACUCAGUUUUGGCACAGCACCAGACGUCACAAAACAUAUAUAUAUAUAUAUAUUUUUUAAAUCUGCACGAGAAUGUUUUUUGCCUUCUGUAGAUCAGAUGUAAGAACUGUGAAAGUUUAGACCCCCAUCCUGUCUCCACCUGGGGAGAAUAUUUCCUAUAUCUACUAGAGAUACAGACCCCCAUCCUGUCUCCACCUGGGGAGAAUAUUUCCUAUAUCUACUAGAGAUACAGACCCCCAUCCUGUCUCCACCUGGGGAGAAUAUUUCCUAUAUCUACUAGAGAUACAGACCCCAUCCUGUCUCCACCUGGGGAGAAUAUUUCCUAUAUCUACUAGAGAUACAGACCCCCAUUCUGUCUCCACCUGGGGAGAAUAUUUCCUAUAUCUACUAGAGAUACAGACCCCCAUCCUGUCUCCACCUGGGGAGAAUAUUUCCUAUAUCUACUAGAGAUACAGACCCCCAUCCUGUCUCCACCUGGGGAGAAUAUUUCCUAUAUCUACUAGAGAUACAGACCCCCAUACUGUCUCCACCUGGGGAGAAUAUUUCCUAUAUCUACUAGAGAUACAGACCCCCAUCCUGUCUCCACCUGGGGAGAAUAUUUCCUAUAUCUGCCAGAGGAGGCGUUGUCCUCCUCAAUAAAAUACAAAGUGUAGACAAACAAUAGUUUGGAUGUGGCCCAUAUCUCUCCUCUUGCUUCGCCUCUUCCCUUGCCCUAGUGACUAGGGAGGGGCACAAUGGAUAAUACGAGCUCUCUUGCUCACAAAGGGCUAUGUAAUAUCUUCAAAUUCACAACAGUGCGGGGAGAAAUAACUGUUAAAGUCUAGUGUAUCAAAAACCUGACAUGAUCACACCAUCUGCAUUGUUGCAGUUUGGAUGUUUUGGUACAAGUUGACUGUUUUACUGAGUGAACCCCCAGUGACUCCAAGCACCACUGGCUCUUUCUCUCCCCCCCUCUCUCGUUCUCCCCCCCCGCCCCUCUCGCUUCCCCCUCCAGCUCUUUCUCUCUCCCUCUCUGCAGAUCAUCACAAGGAUCUCUCACACUACACAAAUGCCCUUUCCACCCUACUGAGCCAAGCUGAGCUGAGCUGUACUGUGCUGUCUCCGAUAUUAUUUCCAGCACAGUUCCAGCAACUAUGGUGGAUGCGGAACUAGGUCAGUGCAGUGCAAUUCAGCUUGUCUCAGCGCAGCUCUGUAGUGUGAAAGGAUUUAACGAUACCAGGGGUCUGACUCAGUCUUCAGUAAUACGUCUCCCCUGGUUCAGAAACCUGGAGGUGGAGGCUAGAGGAGGAUAUGCACUUUUCAUGCUCCAUUUAAUAUUUAAUGAAGCAGAAAUGGGAUAUAGUAAAUAUCAAAAAGUAGGAUGAAAAAACGAAUUGGUUACUUUCAGUGCAUUCGGAAAGUAUUCAGACCCCUUGACUUUUUCCAGAUUUUGUUACGUUACAGCCUUAUUCUAAAAUUGAUUAAAUAGGUUUUCCCCUCAUCAAUCUGCACACAAUACCCCAUAAUGACAUCACAAUACCCCAUAAUGACAUCACAAUGCCCCAUAAUGACAUCACAAUGCCCCAUAAUGACAUCACAAUACCCCAUACUGACAAAGUAAAAUCUGUUUUUUUGUACAUUUCUGGAAGAAAC